AUGUCUGACGAAGAGGAAGAGGAGUUAGUGUUCAAACCGGUAAGUUGAUUGAUCUACAGUAGUUGGGAUAAUCUGUAUUGAAUUUCAGAACACGGAAAUAUCUAGCAGUAAACAUACGUAUAUUAUUGAAAGACUUCUCGGAGAAGGUGGAUUUGGGGCGGUGUACAAAGUCAAAAAUAAGGAAAACAGCAAAUAUUAUGCGAUGAAAAUCGAGAAGAAGCAGGAGAAAAGACAAUCAAAACUCAAAAUGGAGAUAUUGAUUCUGAAAUUGGUGUCCAAUGAAAGAAACAAUUCACAUUUCACGAGUAUUGCAGAUCGCGGAAAGAAAGACAAAGAGGGAUACUUUUUCCUAGUUAUGGAUUUGGCUGGACCAAGUUUGGCCGAUUUGAAGAAAAAACGAGAUGGAAAAAUAUUCUCGGCACCAACUGGUUUGUCAGUUUCUCAACAAUGUCUCGAAGCAUGCGAAGAUUUGCAUAAAUAUGGAUUCAUUCAUCGUGAUUUGAAGCCAGCAAAUUAUGCAUGUGGAGAUGGUGCCAAGAAACACACAAUUUAUAUUCUCGAUUUCGGAAUUUCUCGAAAAAUCAUCAAUGAUCGAAAUGAAUUGAAAACUCCCCGUGUUUCAGUUAGAUUCAAGGGAACUGUUAAAUUCGCAUCAUUGGGAUGUCACAAAGGACUUGAACUUGGAUGGAAGGAUGAUUGUGAGAGUUGGUUUUACCUUCUCUUAGAUUUGAUAAUUCCCGGUGGUUUGCCUUGGAGCAAAGUCAGUGACAAGGAUAUUGUGAUGAGAAUUAAAGAAGAGGCAAGAAAUAAGAGAGAUAUUUUCUUCAAUCAGAUCAAAUGUACUCCCGAAUUGUCUAAAAUUGUCGAUUAUAUUGACAAAUUGAAAUAUCAAGAUCAUGUUGAUUAUUCGUACAUUUAUAAGAUUUUGGAAGAGGCUUGUGUUAAUAGCGGAGGAAAAAUGGAUGCACCGUAUGAUUGGGAGAAUGAGAAAGAGAAAUGA